GAGUGUGUUUUGUGCUUGUGCUUUUGGUUUUGGUGUGAUGAGCUUAAAUUUGACACUUUUUUUGUUGACGUUGGAAGCUGAAAAACAGAAGAGCAGUGUUGCGGGUAAUAGGAGGGGGACAAAUUAGAAGAGUGAUGGAUGGCCAGUUUCUCCUUCAGGAUGCUCGGACAUGCAGGCUUCCAUGCACAUUGGCUGCAGAAAGAUGUAGACAUAAGCUUCCUGUCUCGAUGAAUGGCGUGGCACUGUGGACCAAUGAGAGGGCAGCGGUGAGGAUGCAACAGUGAUCCAGGAAAAAAAAACACCCCAUUGUUCCCCGGGCGUCGUGGAAGUUGGACCUCGCUCCUGCUGGCUCUGGCUGCUCAUUGAACAACACAUUGAAGGAGCCCAUUGACAGGUCAGUAUGAGCGGGGGAGUCAAUGUGAAGUUAGCCCCUCGGGCUCCUACCUCUUCAGGGAUCCCCCUCCCACACAGCGUGUUGCCCUCUUCCCCCAAAGCAGACACCCGCCGCCAGGCUUCUGACCUGCCCAGGCCCUCAACACGGACCCCCAAACACACACCCACGCACACACCCACACAAACGCCCUCGCACUCUCCUUCACUUUGCCCGCGAAGCUCCAGCAUCUCUGGGCCUCUCUCCAGGGACCCGGGCCUGAAAAGUCAGCUCUUAAAGCGGACAGCAGCUCUACCUUUUCCCCAGGUGUCACGCUCUGCCUACAGCAGCCCGUUAAACCAGCGCAGGAUGCCGCCGCCUCACUCCAAAGACACACUGGAUCUAGUGAAACCUUCGCCUCACAACCCCUCACAGCUUCCACACAAUGCAAAUCGCAACAGAAAACCCCCCGACAAUAAGAACCAAACAUGGGGAGGCAGCAACAGCAAUCUGCGUCCACCCUUCCAGUUCAGAAUAGGAGCCAACUCUAACAGUGAGGUCAAGCCUCAAAGAGAGGGGCCUCCUGAGAACCAGCAAGCUAGGUCCACUAUGUUGAACAACGGUAACCUCUGCCCCUCUCUCGCUCAAACAAGCUACCAGCAGGCGAUCAAAGGUCACUGUGAAUCAACGAGCCAAUCGGACGAGGAGAUGGGCACCCCUGAGGACAGCAGUCCUGUCUCCUCUCCUGGUGCCCUGCAUUUGCCACCAGUCACUGUCACCCUGCCAGCAAAGUCCAAAGUGGCUCACAAUAUGCAGGAUCACAGCUUGAAGAACGAGGACGAGCCCACAGAGACACACACGCCCAUUGUCAAUAUGGCUACUGUGGCUCCUUUCAGCUACAGGGAACAAGUGCUGGAUAGUGAAUAUUCAGUUGAUGACCUGAGUGACUGCUCCUCGGGAUCCAUAGAAGUGUGCUGUGAUGAUCUUAUAACAGGAGGGAUGCUGGAGGCUAAUGUGGCUAACAUUAGCUUGACGGCUAAGCCCAGAGAGCUGGACAUGAGGUCCGCUGCUGCUGCUGUCUCCUGCAAGGAAACUCCAGCCCAGGCAAUGGCCUCUAGGAAGUCCUCAGCCAAGCCAUCCGCUUUACCCCAGGGACCCUCGCGUCCCUCAGGGGCAUCAGAGCUCAAAGUCUACCGGCCCGCCUCUGGAUCUAUUCCUAUACCAGUCCCCAAUCUGUCCGGGCUCCGCAAGCAGCGAUCACUAAGCAACCUAUGUGUGCUCACUGAUGCUGAGAAGAAGCUACACCUUUACCAAUCCCCUCGCUGGAAUGAUGAUGCCAGCCGGCCUGGCUCUGGUACUGGCAUAAACAAGCCAGGCCAGACUAAGACAGUUCAUGCUGGGGGUGGGAAACCUCCACUUUCCCGGACCCUGUCAAAAUCAGAACAGUCUCUUUUCCAGGGAAAGCCCAAGCCUUUCUGCUUGCCAUCUGUGACUUCCAAUGUGAGCAAGCAGAGUCGGAUCCCUGCCCCUGGUAAACCGCGGGGACCUUAUGCUGAGGUCAAGCCCAUCAGCAAGGCCCAGGAGGCAGGCCAGAGUACAGACCCUGCAGACAAGCAAACUAAGACUAACUCCAAUGGAUCUGGGAACACUGGGAACACUGGGACUAAUGGCAAGAAACUAGGCGAGGGGGAGAAGGGGAGACCCGUGGCUCUGUCAACAGAGGACAAGAAAGAGAAGAAGGGCAUAGAGGGAGAAGAUGAUAAGAGCUUUCUGAAGGUGGACCCAGAGCUAGUGGUGACUGUUUUGGGUGACCUGGAGCAGCUUCUCUUCAGUCAAAUGCUGGACCCGGAGUCCCAGAGGAAGAGGACGGUGCAAAAUGUUCUGGAUCUUCGACAGAACCUGGAAGAAACCAUGACCAGCCUGAGAGGGGUGCAGCUUACCCACAGCUGUGUCGAGGGGCCAAUGUGCUACGACAGCGAUGAAGCCGCUGCCUUCUCCGUUUCCAGCCUAUCAAAUCGCUCCUCUCCGUUGUCAUGGCGCCAGGGUCAGGCCAGCCCCCGUCUGCAGGCUGGUGAAGCUCCGUCCACAGGUGACCGUCUGACUGUGAACACACAGUCAGACGUUCCCCUCCGCAUCAGCCACGCCUCUCGCAUCCAACUCAUCGAAGCGCUGGAUGACCCAGAUCCCGCCCUCCUGAAGAGGGAUUACCUCAGCACCAGCAACCUCUGCGGGAAGAGUCCAGUCGAGGAAGAUGAAGAUGAUGAUGAUAUCGAUGAUCUGGGGAACGGUUGGGACGAGAGCAGUUCCAUCAGCAGCGGUUUGAGUGACGGCUCAGACAACCUCAGUUCUGAAGAGUUCAACACCAGUCCCACUCUCAACUCCCUUCCCACAACUCCCAUCGGCUCCCGCAGAAACUCCUCUGUCGUGAUGCGCACAGAUGCAGAGAAGAGAUCUCUGGUUGAGAGUGGUUUGUCCUGGGAUACUGACGAUACCAAACCAGGACGCAAGAGCCAGAGCAGGGGCAUCUACGAAACAGGAAGUCUCAAGUCCGAGUCUGCCAAUAAAUGGAAAAAGACUCGGACGCAUGGGGAGGGGCUGGAAGGAGGGAAGGGUGAACUGAAGAAACCUCAGACCCUGGGUCAAGGAAACAUCUUAAAGAAAGGAAGAAACCCACCUGUGGGAGUCACAUCCCCGAUUACACACACCUCUCAAAGUGGGCUGAAAGUGGCAGGUUCAGUGAAGUUGGACGGAAAGCCAAUGGAUAAAUCUCGGUUAGCGGUGAAGACCUCUGGCCUUCAGCGCUCCUCUUCUGAUGCUGGCAAAGACCACAGAAACGGCACCGGCGCUGGCGAGCAACGCAAACCUCCAUCCGGCCUCGUCAGGCCCUCGACCGGAGGAAGCUUUGGCUUCAAGAAGCCGAACAAUGCUAAUGGCACAAACCACUCAAGCAUGCCCGCUGUCACCAGUACAGGUGGCAGCUCCAUACCCUGCAACUCUGCAACUGUGGGAAAGAUUCCCAAAUCGUCUGGUAUUCCUGUCAAACCAGUGUGUGGUGGUAGCGGUGGAGGACGUAAGACAAGUCUAGAUGUUUCAAACGGUGACCCGAGCGGUUUUCUCUCCCCAAAUGCCAGGACAUCUCUACAGUACCGUUCUCUGCGCCCCGCCAAAACCAGCACCCUAACUCUAACCCGACCAAGCUCAGCCCGCCCCGUGAGCACCACCAUCGACACAGGCUCAGGGCUUAUCAAACCCUCCACUGUAACACCCCAGAGCUCAAGACUCAAAGAGCCCACCUCAGGACACGGUUCUGGGUCAGGGUUUAGUAAGGCGGGGGGCCGUGGGAUCCUGAGCCCAGGUCCUGUCAAUCAGACAGAUAGGGAGAAGGAGAAAGAGAGGGCCAGAACUAAAUCUGUAGCGUCUGACUCUGAAUGUGGAAGCGGCUCUCUGAAGGGCAGCCCAGCUCAGACCCCGUCAGAGAACGGAGGGAAGCUGCAGGGGCUGAGACCCCCGAGCAGUGGCAAGAGCAUGGAUCUCCCCUCACCCAACACACACAGGUUAUCUGGAGUACGCAGUCUGGCUAAACCGCCAUCCGGGGCCCAGCUGGACAAACUGCACUCCAGCAGUCUGGAUAUAGGAGUUCAUGACUCCCUCCCACCUAAGAUCCCACCGUACUCUAAGCUCCAGGACCUCGCCAGCUCCACGGGCCCCUGCCUGACCCCCAGCCCGGCCCCUUUACUCAAUGUGAACUCUUCUUCCUGCUUCUCGAACACGGGAACCGGUUUGGGGCCCAGGCAGGUCUCUUCUUUGGGAGUUGAAGUAAGCGCAGGGAACACCUCUCCCCUUCUCUACCCUCGUCUGUCUGGGCUUCAUCGCAGCAUGGAGUCACUGCAGCUCCACAUGAGUCUGGCCCCAGAGCCCAAGGAGAAGGACAGGGAGAGUUUGGUACGAGGCUAUACCACCUUAGAGUCCCGAGACAAAGAUAGACGAGAAGACAGAGGCCCUCCUGCCAGCUGGAGUUCUGGAAGUAAAGUCUCAAUGUCUCUCAUUGACAGCUCUCAGAGAGACAGAAACACGCUGCCAAAGAAAGGUUUGAGUUUCAGCAGUGUCUCUCAGAUUGAGGACGAAGGGAAGGAGAAAGGAGAGAGGAGACACUCUCAUACUAUCCUCAGUAUGACCGACUCCCUCAAUCUCCCGCUGCUGUCCCCACCCACUUCCCUGCCCCGCACCUCAAAGACCAGCAUGGUACCCAGCCCCAUUGGCGGACCUCCGAGGAUGACUCGAUCCAACAGCAUCCCAACACACGAUGCCUCUCUGGAGCUGUACGGAGCAUCUCCACUAGGCAGCACACUGUCGCUGGCUGAACGCCCCCGCAGCAUGGGGAUGGUUCGCUCUGGAUCCUUCAGGGACAAGGAGCAAGACGAGGUCCAUGGGUCUGUACUCUCCCUGGCAUCUAACGCCUCCUCCUGCUACUCUUCGGUGAGUGUAGGCGGCAUGCAGACUCAGGCUGAGGAAAGGAUUCAGGGAGAGCAAAUCCGUAAGCUGAGGAGGGAGCUGGAAUCAUCCCAGGAGAAAGUGUCUAACUUGACAACACAGCUGACAGCAAACGCAAAUCUGGUGGCUGCCUUUGAGCAAAGCUUGGCACUGAUGACGACUCGUCUGCAGAGUCUGUCAGUAAGCCAUGAUCAGAAGGACACAGAGCUGAUUGACCUGAGGGAGACCAUCGAGUCCCUGAGAUUCAAGAAUGAAGAAGCCCAGGCUGUCAUACACGGAGCCUUGAACAACCCAGAUAACAUGAAAGACGUGCGAAUUCGGCGCCAGAACUCGUGCGAGAGCAUCUCCAGUCUCAACAGCCUGACCAGCAUGUCCAGUAUGGGCAGCUUGAAGGACCAAGAUGCCAAGAAGAAGAAGAAGAAGAGCUGGCUGAGGAGCUCCUUCAACAAGGCAUUCAGCAUCAAGAAAGGCUCCAAAACAUACUCAGACAUUGAGGAAAUCGCCACUCCUGACUCCUCGGCUCCUAACUCUCCAAAGAUGCUCCAUGAGGGAGGCGAAGGAGAAGAAAACCUGUCCUCGUCUCUGAAGACGUCGGCUUCUGCCACCUCCUCUGUGAUCAUGGAGAGUACAGAAGAAGGAGACAAUGAUGAAGCAGUAUCAGACUUACGCUCAGAACUCUGGGUGAAAGAGAGAGAGCUGACAGACAUCAGACUGGAGGCCUUGAGCUCUGCACAUCAGCUGGAGCAGCUUAGAGAAGCCAUGAACAACAUGGAGUCAACAGUUGAGAAUCUGAAGCAGGAGAAUGACAAUUUAAAAACAGGAAGUCAGCCUCAACUCCCCGGCUCUGGCCCCACCUCCUCCACCUCCCAGCCCUCAGGCCUGGCCUCUCUGCUGGGACCCUCACUGAGGCAGCCCAUGAGCAUGUCCCUCAACAAAUCCUUCAGCCUCAGCCUGAAUGACUGUAAAGAUCCAGACUUGUCUCCUGUUGAGACGUUAAGUCUGUCUUCCCAGAUGGAUGAGGUGUGUGUACGAGUACUGGUCAGCAUUGGAGAUCAAGCACCGGACAGUAAGCAGCAGCAGGAUUUCUACCUGGGCUCCCUGCUGGUCAGUGCAAGGACUGACUGGGCCUGCCUGGACUCUCUCAUAGUUAAGACCUUUAAGGACUAUCUGACUCAAGUGGACCCUACAUCCAGCCUGGGUCUGUCAAGUGAUUCCCUUCUCAAGUACCAGCUGACACAGGGCGGCCAGAGGGUGAUGGGAGGAGAAAAACCUCAAACCUCACCGUAUCGUUGUCUCGGCAGUGGUGCAGCUCGAAUUUUUGUCAACCUGAAAGGUCUCAGAGAGAAAUGUGUCGACUCUCUGGUGUUUGAGACUCUGAUUCCUAAGCCGAUGAUGCAGCACUACAUCAGCCUGCUGCUGAAGCACCGGCGUCUGGUUCUGUCUGGCCCCAGCGGGACGGGAAAAUCUUACCUAGCCCAGCGCCUAGCCCACUACCUCCUGCAGCGCAGCCAGAGCGACUCGUCUGAGGCCGACCAUGAGCCAUGUCUAGUAGGUCGCAGCACUGCCGUCACCUUCAACAUGCAUCGUCAGACGCAGAAGGAGUUGCAGUUGUAUCUGUCCGAUCUAGCCAAUCAGAUUGACAGGGACAGCGGAGGAGAGUUGCCGCUGGUUGUUUUGAUAGAUGACAUUAGUGACUCAGCGGCUAUUACUGAGCUUGUUAAUGGAGCACUCACCUGCAAGUAUCACAAAUGUCCUUACAUCAUUGGAACGUCAAAUCAGCCUGUGAAGAUGUUGUCUAACCAUGGACUGCACCUUAGCUUCAGGAUGGUGGUGUUCUCCAACAACGUGGAACCAGCAAAUGGGUUCCUUCUGAGGUACCUGCAUCGUAAAGCUACGGAGGCCUACCAGGAGAAGGAGCAGGAUUCCGCAUGCCACCAGGCCCUACGCGUACUGGACUGGGUCCCUCAGCUCUGGUACCACCUGCACGCCUUCCUGGAGAAACACAGCACUUCAGACUUCCUCAUAGGUCCUUGCUUCUUCCUGUCGUGUCCUGUUUCAGUGGCAGAGUUCAGACAGUGGUUCAUUGACCUUUGGAACCACUCCAUCAUACCGUACCUGCAGGAGGGAUCCAAAGACGGCAUCAAGGUGCAUGGGCAUAAGGCAGUUUGGGAGGAUCCAGUGGAGUGGGUUAGAGGGACCCUCCCGUGGCCAAAUGCACAGCAGGAUCAGUCCAAGCUCUUCCAUCUACCUCCCCCUAGCAUAGGUCCACCCAGUGAGGAGAAGAAGCCCCCCAAAGACACACCUCCACCCAGCACACUGGAGUCAGACCCACUGAUGGCCAUGCUGCUGAAGCUCCAGGAAUCUGCGAACUACAUCGAGUCUCCGGAGCGGGAGGGUUGCCUGGAUCCCACUCUGCAGGCGACACUCUGAGGAGAACGUCACUCAUGAACUGUCAGUCAAGCUAUGGAACUAUGAACUCUUGAUAAAAGCCUACACAGCUGGUGCGGUCCCAAAGAGACUUGAAAGACUUGAUAGUUAACUCUACUGUGUGCUCAGUGAGCAGCAAAGCUAAGUGUAAAGGAUCUGCAGAGAGAUUAUGGACAAGGGGUUUUCUCUGCCCUGCUAUCGGGACUUUGAGAAGAUAAAUUAAGUGCUUUCAUAGGAAGCUGUGAUGAUCACGCCAGGGGAAGAUUUCUCUGCUCUCUUUAUUCUGCAGAUGGGUUGUUGUUCAAUCUGCAAGUGCAUGGUGACCUAAAUUGUAUGAUGCAAAAUAUUACAUAUAAUCCUGUUGAUCCUGACCCGUUCUUUCCCCUUCUUAAUGUUCUUUUUAUUCUUGGCCAAAACUUUCCCAAACAACUUCUGGUGCUUACUUUACUGGUGUUUCUUUGUAAGGUGCAUGCUCUGUUUCAAAAGUAAUUCCUCAGAAGUGGGACCAUCACUCGACAAACAGCCAAAAAUGCACUUUAUUUUUUACUCAUGGUCAUUGGAUUUAAGAGGGCUGUGUCAGUGAGUGUGUAUCAAACAGGGGGAUGAGCAGUUUGGUCAAAUCGUGCAGUUCAUCAGAACCUCCACUAGGAGGCAGCAUCUUGCUUUUCCUGCCUCUCCUGCUGUGCUAUAUCUGACUAUCAAAGGUGCUCAGUAGGCAAUAUAUAACACACAUUUGGCAUCACAACCAUGAAAAUGGCCUUGAAUGUUUGUUUUCUUUCUUUGCAGUUCAGCCAUUGUGUCAACCGUGGGUCAGAUUUCAAAGCUGCAAGAGCAAACAUGCAUGGGUAAAAAAAAAUGAAUGGAAUCAGUGUUAGGAUCAGACUGUGAAGAAAAUAAAUGGACUCAGUAGUCACUAAUAAAUACUCCUACAGUAAGUCAACACACAGGAAAACAAUAAUGCUUGUUAAUCCAGUCUGCCAAAACCGGCUGACCAUUUCUGGCUAUGCUUGUGUGUAUUAGAUAUCGGUUUCAACACACAUAAUUCUUUGUGAUAGAUAAAGACGCAGCUUUGAAAAUCUUGAUUUUGUAGAAUUUUAUACUGAGUCACCAUCAAAUAUCGUCUGUACACAUCAACUACCGCCUAUAGAAUACUUAACAUCAUCAACAGGAGUUUUAGAUGUGUCGUCACUGUUUCAAUCAUUUCACACUCAUCUAAUCAAAAAGAGAAAGUGGAAAACUUCGCUAGGAGAAAAACCGUAAAAAAAAGACACCCAUUUAUCUCCUCAUUGCAUUUGCUUUUGAUAUCUUUGAUAACAUUUCUUACAGUGUAGGUCUUGUUUUCCUCCUCACUCUUUUCAAAGUUACUGUCAGAGUAAGGGCUGGGGGUAUGGAAGGUUGAAACUCAUCUUUAAGUGGCUUCCUCAUGUUCCUUCCUUUCAUUUGUUUGCACAUAAUAUAUGUUAGAGUACUAGAUGACAGAGAGUAUUUAUUGCUCAUAUCUUUGACUGUUCUUUGAAUGAAGGAGAAGGCUUAAAAAAAGACAUGAUGUAGUCGAGAUAUUCUGAAACCUCUCAGCCCUGACCCCUUCACCCUGAAGUACCUCAGACUGCCAUACUUUUCCAAACAGGGUGCUGGUGUAAAGUAGAGACAUGAUGCCUACUUGUUACUGUGCCUGAAACACAAUUUGGCCUGCUUUGAGCUGCUUUAAUGUACCACAUUGAGGCCUCCAUUUAGAGGAAACAUCAUCACUUCCUCUCACCUACUCUGAUGUCACUUUAAUGUCCGCACUUUGAUGCCCAGAUUGAGUAGGAAAGUGGGUUUUUAAUUGUGACCUCUGGUGAUGAGCUGUUAGCUCAGGUGAUGUUUGUGUAGAUAAGAAUGUGGGCUGCCUCUGAACGGUUUGUUACCAUUUUUAAACUGAAGUGUGUAAGACAUGUCAUAUUUUUGAGCAGUUCACAGAGUUGGAAGCAGAUGUGAUGUUAAUGCAGGUAUCCUUAAUGUGUUUCCCAAAGUUAUGUUUCAUUGGACCUACCACACUUAACCUUAUCAUGGGAGGGAUUUUUUAAUAACUGGAUAUCUUCCUCUUAUUCAUUUUUAAGAGCAGAAUUUUGUUUUUGUUUUUCUUAUGCAAAUAUUUGUAAAGGUUCUUUUUCUCUUUUGUACAUGACAUCACUAUUGUAAACAUUGUAAAUAGUCACUGCAUCUGCGACAACAAUCAUUAAACAUGUCUAUAUCUAGAUCUGAGAGAAGGCGUUGUACAGUACCUGUAUGCGGAAAACAGGUAUCCUCCGUGGAUUUAUUGUCUUCCUCUCGUAGGAAGGAGCACUUGGCUUAGGAGGAGGCCUAAGAAAGGAUUUAUGGCAUGUCUCUGUAACCACAUUAAAUCCCAUAUGUCUAACAUUGAGCUAAGGACACAAUAAAGUCAUGCCAUUCUUCACUCCA